AUGACGUGCCAAGCCAGGACAUCCUAUACCGAGGACGAGGUGCUCUGGGGUCAUCGUUUCUUCCCUGUUAUCUCCUUGGAAGAGGGGUUCUUUAAAGUCGAUUACUCCCAGUUCCACGCGACGUUUGAGGUCCCCACCCCGCCGUACAGCGUGAAGGAGCAGGAGGAGAUGCUGCUCAUGUCCUCUCCCUUGAUAGCGCCCGCUGUGAGCAACAGCAAGGAGCGGAAUAACUCGGUGGAGUGCCUGGAUGGUCUCGACGAGGUUGGCACAAAACUGCCUUCAAAACUGCAGAAAAUAACAGGGAGGGAAGACUUCCCCAAAAAACUGCUCAGGAUGAGUUCCACCACCUCUGAGAAGGCCUACAGCAUGGGGGAUUUACCCAUGAAACUCCAGCGGAUCAGCUCGGUCCCGGGGAAUUCGGAGGAGAAACUGGUGUCUAAAACCACAAAGAUGAUGUCGGAUCCCAUCAGCCAGUCGGUGGCCGACCUGCCACCCAAGCUGCAGAAGCUGUCGGGCGGCGGCGGCAGGAUGGAAGGGAACCUUCCGCCCAAACUGCGAAAAAUGAACUCGGAUCGGUUCACAUAA